UGUGAGCCAGCGGCCCGUCCGCUCCGUCCGUCCGUCUGUCGGUCCGUCCGUCCAGCCGGCGGGAUGAGCAUCGCUCGGCUGCUUCUCCUGCUGCUGCUGCCAGCGCCGGGCUCCGGGGAGGAGGACGUCGAGGUGAUCUGCGCCGGUACCGCUUGUUAUACCUUGCACCGAGCCGAACUGAAGCUGGAGCGCGGCCCAGGAGCGUGCCGGAACAACGGAGGCAACCUGGCUCCGGUUCGCAGCCCCGCCGAGGCCCGGAGCCUGCAGGAGCUGAUGGCGGCCGCCGGCCGGCCCGGCCCGGCUUGGAUCGGGCUGUGGCUCUCCCGAGGUCGGUGCGUGCAGCCGCAGGAGCCUUUGCGGGGUUUCUCCUGGGCUGGUGGAGGAGAAGCCGGGAAUUACACGGCGUGGCUGUCGGAGCCCGCGGUCACCUGCCUCAGCUCCCGCUGCGUGGGUCUGCAGCCCGACGGACCCUCCGGCCUGGGGGUUUGGGCUGACCGGCCCUGCCGGGGCCCCCUGCCCGCCUUCCUCUGCAAGUUCAUCUUCCGGGGGAUGUGCGGGCCGCUGCCGCUGCCGGGGCCCGGCCGGGUCUCCUACACCACCCCCUUCGGGGUCCGCAGCCCCUCGCUGGCAGCCGCCCCCUUCGGCACGCUGGCCGAGGCCGACUGCCAGGAGAACAGCGCUUCCUCCUCCUUCGCUGUCUGCAAAGGGCCCCUGGAGGACGGGGGCUUCGCCUGGGACCCCCCCGGCCCCUUCUGCCCCGCCACCUGCUCCCACCGCAACGGGGGCUGCCAGCACCGCUGCCUGCAGGAGCCGGGAGAGCCCCGGCGCUGCGAUUGUCAUCCCGGCUACACCCUGGCUCCCGACAUGGUCUCCUGCCUGGCCCGAGACGCCUGUCACCCCAACCCCUGCCCGGGGACCUGCCGGACGCUGCCCGACGGCUUCCAGUGCGGCUGCCAGGACGGCUACACCUUGGCUUCCGACGGCCGGAGCUGCGUGGAUGUGGACGAGUGCCUGUCCGGGCCCUGCCAGCACGAGUGCCAGAACACGCUCGGCAGCUUCGUCUGCCUCUGCCGGCCCGGCUACCGGCCAGCGGGGCCCGGUAGCCACCAGUGCCGCGAUGAGGAUGAAUGUGCCCGGCCCGACGCCUGCCCCCAGCUCUGCCUCAACGUCCCCGGUUCCUUCCGCUGCGCCUGCCGGCACGGCUACCACCGCAGCGGCGAUUCCUGCCUGGAUGUGGAUGAGUGCCUGCGGGAUCCCUGCCCCGGGCCCUGCCACAACUUCCCCGGCGGCUUCGAGUGCGUCUGUCCUGCCGGGCUCCUUCCAGAGGAGGACGGACGGGGCUGCCGUGCUGCACCCACCGCCGGAGAGGAGCCUGCGGGGCACCCCAGCGGCACCCCGGGCAUCUCCCGGACCACGGGCAUCCUCCAGACCACUGGUGCCCCACGGACCACGGGCGUCCUCCCCCGGACCACGGGCAUUCCCCAGACCCUGGGCAUCCCUUUCGGGGUGACACCGCCGGCCCCCACGGCAGCAGGGUCAGCUCCUGGCCCUGAGCACAGUGCCGAUGGCCCCCGGCUGCUCCUCUACUACAUCCUGGGCAGCCUGGUAGCCAUCCUGCUGCUGCUGGCCUUCGCCUUGGCCCUGCUGGCUUGCAAGAGGAGGGCAGCCAAAAGGGAGAAGCGGCCAGCUAAAAAUGCAGCAGACAGCUACUGCUGGGUGCCCGAGCAGCCCGAGAGCCGUGGGGUGGGAGGAGAGCGCAGGUAACAGCACCCUGGGGAGCUGAGAGGGGGGAGGCAGAGUGAGGGCAGGGGGGAGGGUUGAAAUUCAAAGUUAAAAAUGAAGGGGAGGGUGUGAUGCUGUCUGGUCAGCACGGGUUAGGGCAUCCGAGAGCCUGUCCUGGGGCUCCUUGCAGAGCAGGAGCUGAUCUCCCCCCCCAAAGGAAGGUCUGGGUGCUGGGGCAGGGGGAAGGCAGCCCCAAGCAGUGCUGGGGUUUGUAAACCGUGCAGGGAAGGGUUAACGGGGACAGCGCUGCCAGCCUGGGACGCCUUGGGCUUGAAUUUACCAGCCAGGGCUGCUCCUCAGCUCUGCAGGACCUCACUCUGCUUAAAAAGAGCAAAUUACAAUUAUUGAUCUGUCUUCCUGAAGGAAAUGGGUUCAUUUCAUCUCUUAUUCCCUCUCCUCUCCCCGCGUUUGAGAUGCCCACAUGGGACAGCAGCAGCUCCCCUGCCCUGUCCCCGCAGCCCCCCAGUCCUUUGCCCUCAGCCAGCCCUCGGGUUUGCUGAAAUGGGUUUGCAAUCCCUCCGGGUCAGGCUGAGCACUUUCUCCAUCCCUCCCCCUGGGAGUGACACACUGGGUGCUGUAUUUUGGCUGAUUAUUCCCUAUAACACUUUGUAACCCCGCUUCAGACAAAAGGCUUUCUUGGGGUUAUUCUUCAGGUACCUCACUUCAGAGAGCUCUUUAUUCUCCUGACAACGAAGCCUCCUCACCCUGUUUCACCAUGAAACCUCCCCCAAAAAUAUGGGGGGGGGGAGGGGCUGCUCCCCAUCCCGCAGCUCUCACAUCUUUAUUUACCCGUGCCCUACGAGGUGGGAUGGUGCUAGGGAAGAACAGGGAUGUGAUUUGUAGGGUACAUGUGUUUCCUGAGGGUUUUGCUGAUUUUAUUGUCUACUUGAGACUUAAUUGCUACAGAAAUGGGAACUGAACACAAAGGAGUUUGCUGAAGGCAGCGACCUGCAUCCUGUUCUUCCAUGUGGGGAGGAAAACCCUUUCCUGCCUGUUGGUUUUGGUUGGUUUAUUUUUUUUUUUUUCCGUCUUCAUUGUAGAAUAAUAAUAAUCAUUUUAAAAAACGAAAAGCAAACAACAAACCCGCCAAAGCAAAACAAGGCAGGAAAGUGUAGCUGGCAGAAACGUUUUCAGUGCUCUGCCCGCUCCUCCUUCUCUCCGAGCAGCGGCUGGGAGAAGCAGGGAAAGGCAGCCCUGGCAUUCCUGGAAAUCCUGCCGAAAAUUCCUGCCCCGUCUGGGCUCCAGCAGGGCAGAGAACCCAGGAAUAAAUUAAGCAAAGACUCAUCCUGCCAUCGGCAUCAGCGGGAUAAGGAGCCCCAGGCACCUGCCCUGCAGGGACUCCAGACCCUGACAGUCCCAGGAGGGGUUUGAUCAGUUUUUUGGCUAAGGUAUCAGUGAGCUGCUGGGUGUGAAAAAGGGAAAAGGAAGCAUAAAUGUGGGCUCAGAGCUGGUACAAAUCUGAGAGGUGCUGUUUGUACCCCUGCUCCCUGAUGGUGACCUUGGUGCAUCCUGGUGUGUGCAUGGGACUGCCCGUGGAGUGGGUCCAGGCUCAGGUUUGUUGUCAGCUUUAGUUGGGCUUCUCUCCACUGGGAUAUUUCUUGAUGUAGCACCCUGCACCCUGGUGCAAUUACACCUGGGGGGGCUCAGGGCUCCUUUCCUUCCUGCCACAGGCCCAGCAGGAACGUUUUGAUCCAUGUCCCUCCUUAGGGAGUUAUCCAGGGCCUGCUGAAUCCCUCAAAGCAAACAGGGAUGGGACCAUGUGCCCUGUCCCAGAGGAGAGGGAAUGUCCACCCCUGCCCAAGGGGGUCCCACAGAGGUUCCUGGGGCAGCUCCUCUCCCCAUUCCUAAAGGAGGUGCUGAGGGAAGGAAGAGCUGGGGCUGUCCUGCUGAGCCAAGAGGGGAUGAUGGGCUGGCUGGUGACACCUCUGAGGUGCUCUGUACAUAGCAACAGCUCCUUGAAUAGUGCUGUACAUUGCUUUUCUGAUGGCACACCAAUAAAGAUGAAUGCAGAA